AAGUUCAGCAUCGCACCUGUGGGGUACGGGAGCUCAUAGACACCUUUCCUCUUUCUUCACGACGUCAGAAACUUUGUUCCGUUUCGUCAUGUAGCUCUUUCGCUUCGCACAUGUUCUCAGCAUCUCCUCUUACCGCGUUCCACCUCUUCAUCUUUAGCUGCUCAAGUCUUCAGACGAGAACAAUGACAUUUCAUCGCUCAGUGGCGUCGGCCCUUUCAUCCACGAAAAGAGCCGGCGUUGCGACUCAACUCAAUGCAGCCUCUACUCGAGUGACCACGGCAGUGAAGCGAGGACGAUGGCGAGCAGCCGACGACUUCCCUCAAACAAAUCAGUCUGCUGGCCAAAUGCUACUGUCUAUUGCCUGAGGUAAAGUGGCGCAUCCACUACAGCGGGCUCGCUCACCAGCUUCUCAUGUGCGCAUCAUGCCCUCAACAUCCCCGUCAUCUCCUCUUUUCCGGCGAUGAUGACUCCAAGAUAUCCUUGAUGACCUUCUCU